GUGCAAUUAGGAGUAAACAAAGAGUCUAACUUUUUUAUUUUGCUAAUGGAUUAUUCUGGAUAAGGGUGUUUACAGACAAGCCCGUACUGAGGAUUACUGAAUUGAUUGAUUUUCAGAAGAAACCUUCUUUAUACAUUUUUGCUUGAGGAAUUUACUUGCUUGAUCCUACAUGCAGUGAUAGACUGCUUGCGAUGCCUAAACCGGCAGAAACUGGGUGUAUGCCUCAGUCGUUGUCAUUCUCAGGUAGUGGCUUUCUUUCAGUGUAUCAGAUGGGAGCUGUAAAAGCACUGUGGGAUCUGGCUCCUGAACUGAUGCAAUCGGCACCCAAGGUGUAUGGAGCAUCCGGUGGGUCUCUUGCUGCUGCAGCUGUUGUAUUGAGAAUUAAUAUAGAUCAGGUGCAGAAAACCAUCUUUGAAGCUGCAAGGGAAGCCAGAAAGUUUGUACUUGGGCCCUUACUGUCAAAAUUCAAUUUAAUGAUAAUUCUCCAAAAUGCCUUACGGAACUUUUUACCUGACAAUGCACAUGAGAAGGCUACUGGGCGUCUUUAUGUUGGCGUUACACGAUUAUCCGAUGGAAAAAAUAUACUGAUUUCUGAUUACAAAUCAAAAGAGGAAGUUAUUCAGGCACUCAUAUGUAGCUGUUUUAUUCCUAUUUACUGUGGUCUUGUCCCUCCUUCUUUCCGAGGAGUGAAAUAUAUUGACGGAGGACUUACUAGCUUUCAACCUCACUAUGGCAAAAGGUCCAUGAUAACUGUGUCUCCUUUUUCUGGAGAAAUUGAUAUUUGUCCACGGGACAGCCCUCUUUGUCAUCAUUACUUACACGUAUGCAACACAAGUUUUCAGCUCACAAUGGAGAACCUCAGUAGAGUGAGCCAUGCAUUAUUUCCACCCUCAGUCAGGUUUAUGUUCCAGAUGGUGAUGGGAAUCAAACAGCAAAUACUGAUCAAUAUGAGUGGAUUUACUGUAUAAUUCAAUAUCAAUGUUCCCUGUCCCCGCUGAUAAGUAUUGCGCAAUUCAAAAAUCGAAGUUUGCUGUCUUUCACAUCUUCUCCUGUGAACUUGAAGUUUAUAUCAAGUUUAUGUGGUUACUGAGGGCUGGAACCUAGGGCAGUACUGUUAAAAUGUUUUUAUUUUGUGGUUUAAAACAUGUCCAUAAAAUCAUUGUAAAAAUAAUUAUAUUUUAAAAAAAAUAAAGUUAUAAAAUACUGUAUAGGAAUAGGACAUAACAUGAAGCACUGCGAGUGUGGGAAAGAGAUAGAGACAAGUGUGUCGUGAAUCAGCUAAGAAUUACUUUGUUUGAGAAUGGUUCAGAUUUGUACCUGAUAUAUAAUCUAAGAAAAAAUCUUUCAACUCUGCUGCCCAUUGUUAAAUUCAGAUAAUACUGGAGAGGAUAUACAGUUCAGUGCUGACAAGAGCCAUAAGGGGAGGGAGUACAGACAGAACAUCUGUUCACAGACGCAGGUCAUUUGGUGUGUACUUUUUAAAUGACCAGUACAGUAUAUUGGGUUGGAGAGCAACAGAAGCAUGCAAAAAGUUCACAAAUAUGGGCUGUGAUUGACUAUUGAUAGCCUUUAUGUGUACUGGGAGUCUAUGGGAGGCUCUGUUUGGCAGUACAAAUGGUUUCUAUGCAAUUAAAGCUUGCCGUCAAGCCAGGAUUUCAAAAAUAAGCACCUGCUUUGAGACCAUGGGGAGCAACAUGCAAGUGGUUGAUGAACUAUGUGUGUUAAAGGGCCAGUAUACCUUCCUUGUUAACACAUGAGUUCAAUUACUUACUAUUAUUUUUGCCUAUUGUUUUAAUCCCAAAAACUAUGAUUUUUGUUUCUUGUGCUAAACAGGUAAAACAUGGGAAAUUGAAGCUCCUCCAUGUUUGACCCUUGCGAGGUAGAUAAUUAGAUUUUCAGUGCACAGAAAAUCCAUGUGCAUAAUGGACUCUUACUUGUCUCUGCACUGUUACUCUUAUGAUCUACCUCACUCAUGUUGAGCAAGGGUAUGCUGCCCCUAUCAUUGUAUGAGCUGGGAAGAAACACAAUAACCAACUUGCUUUCUAUCUACAGAUGCUGAAUAAAUUCUUUGACCAAGGCUACAAAGAUGCUGCUGAUUAUCUACAAAGGGUUGGCUUCAAUAAAUCCCAGGAACAAACUGUUUCAGCAACACAAAACUGGUCUUAAAAUGAAAGAUACAAGAAAAAG